AUGGUUGACCCAGUAGACCCAGUUGACCCUGCAUUCGCUGACGAUGCAGAUUUUGAUAUGGAGUUUGUUGAUCCCGAGCCUGCCGUGGCCCUUGAGCCGGUAGCUGCUCCUGACCCAGUGUUUGAGCAUGACCCUGUUCAUGCUGGCGCACACAUUAUCGAUCCUGUGAUUGCUGACCCACCCAUUGAUGAUCACCUUGUUGAUGCUCCACUACUGGAGGGUGACCAUGUUGUUGCUGCUGAUCAUGUUGAUCCCCCACUUAUCGCUGAUGUACCUGCUGACCCUCUUGUUGCACCCCACCAUGAUCCUAUGCCUGUUCAGUUUGAUCGUGCACUUUUUGAGGCACAGAUGGACCCACGAGAUGAGCACGCCCAGCAUGGGUGGAUUCCUGCUGAUGAUGAGAUUCCACAUAUUCCCCCUCCUGCCAUCGAUACACGUCACGUUGAUACCUCUUUUACAUUCCCUCAGUUCACACCUCCAGCUCGACCUGGAGAGGGUUCUUCGGCUCAUCCUUUUGGACAUGUACCGGUACCUAUCCCAGUUAUACCACCGUCUUCUACUACUAUUCCCCCUGUUCCACCAUUUCCUCCCUUAGUCGAUGAUGAUGUAUGA